AUGAUUCUGUUAAAGAUGCAGUGAGAAAGUUUGGUUUCACAGAGAACAACACCAAAGUCUCAACAGAAGUAAUGUACAGGGGUUCAUUAUACAAAAAAUGCCAGUUCCUUAUGACACAGAAUGUGGACUCAAUGGAGUUUGGAGAACUUGCACUUAUUCUGAUAAAAGAUGAUGUUGUUCAUUUUCUACUGAGAAAAUUUGUAGCAGGACUCAUUCCUGAGUACAGUCUGCAUGAAUUGGAAAAAACAGAACAAAGUAAUGCAAUGUGUGAGCAUCAAUGUCCCGCCAGAUUUCUAUCCUUUAACAUCAUAUAUGAUGAAUGAGAAACUACUAAUUCCAUUGAAGCUCUAUUUUUUUUCCCACACAUGUUUUAUUCAUGUUAAUUAUUCUUAUUUGGUUGUUUUUCAUAAAUGGGUGAAUCAGAGCUGAGCAUUCCCAACAUUAACGGUGCCAUUGCUACCGUAUUACCUGACCUCACAGUCACAACUAAAAAAUCUCUUGAGGACACUUUAAAAUUGCUUUGAGUGGAGACCCCAGAAGAUUUAAAAUUUCUUGUGGAAUCAGAUCUGGUUGCUGUACUGAGGCCCAUUCAAGCCAGAAAAUUUAUUAUGGCUGUGAAGGAGACCAGUAAGUCCAUGUAUUUAUUUCUAUUACAAAGACCUUAAUGGUUGGACAAAUCAAACAUCAAAUAUGUUGUCACAUCUUUAUUCUAAAAUGUUAUUGAUCAUUUUAUGUUUUUGUUUAACAGUGGGGUAAAAUUGGUAACAACAAUUAAAGAAAUUGUUGAGUACCAGAAAAUGAAAGUUACUUACUCAUCCUCUUGUCAUUCCAAACAAAUACCUGAUUUGGAAUGACCUGAGGGUGAGUAAAUGAUGACCGAAUAUAAAUUUCGGUUGAACUAUACCUGUUCUAACGAAGUACAUAUCACUGACGCUUUUUCUUUUCUUUAUUAGUUUUUUACAGCACAAAGUUCAGAACCCUUGAAGCAACCAGUCUAUUCAUCUCAAGCAUCUUCCCUGUCCCAGAGUUCUUUCUGCUCAUCCUCCAGCACCGGCUCCCCUCCUACUGUGAACUCUGUUGACAGUUUCAGAAUUCCAUGGAAAAUGUUUCCUGAGGAAUUAAUGCAGGCCCUUGAGAGACAGAAAAGGCCAAGUCAAGCCAAGAAAAGGCCCAAGGACUGUUGUCAAGAAAUGGGAAAUAAUCAACCUGCUCAUCCUCCGCGUCGGUUCUCACCGGAACUCAAGAGGCCUUGGAGACCAGUAGCGUGGAGUGAAAACGAUGAAAUACUGCACGACGUGAAAGAAUUCAAACCCAGCUCGGAGGUCCUCAGAAUUGUGUUGUAUGGACCGACUGACGCUGGGAAAUCAAACUUCAUCAACUCAGUCCAGAGAAUUCUCUUAGGCCGUAAUGCCAUGAGUGCUCUGGAAAACUCCACGUUUACAGGAGCAAGCUUCACAAAAAAAAUGAAAAUACACAAGCUGAAGAAAGGCAGAGGUGAGCAUUAUCCUUUGGAAAUUGUUGACAUCAUGGGGCUUCAGCAUUCAGGAGGGAUAACAGCUGAUGACAUCAUCAGUGUACUCAAGGGACACGUUCCAGAUAAGUACACGGUAAGCACUUACACGUUCUGGUCAUCUUUUAAUGUAAUCUGCAUUCUUUUCAUUUCGGGCCAGUCUAGUAACUAAUACGCCUGCAAUUCAAGUGAAUCAUGGCUUUCUAACCAGUUUUGCAUGGUAGUGAUGGGAAGUUCUGCUUUUUUCAGAGAGUUAGAUCAUUUUGCUUAGUUCAGAAUUAGAGCCGACUCUUUUGGGCCCCCAAAGACCAAAGCUGUGGAUGUUUGUCUAUUAUGUACAUGUUUUUAUUGAAAUCUCCCUGUGAUGACUAAAAUUACUUUACACUUUCCACUGCAUUGUUGUUUUACAAUCUAUGUGUGAAAAUAACACAAUGCGAUAUAUAAUUGCAUGGACUAACCUAACAUGGCAAUCAUUCCUGCAUUAAUAUUAUUGCGCAGCUGCAUCCUGUCCCCUGAUUCUAAUAUUCAUAUAAUAACUAGUUCAGGUCCACUGAUUUGAUUGGAUAUUUAAUUGUCAGGUUCUGAAAUGUUUUUUUUGACCUGGCACCAUGCCACCAGAGCUUCCACUUCUCUCCUGUGGGCUGACUUCUCACGCUCAGCAAUGAUUGCUGACUCUUCAAUAAAUUUGAUGAUAGUGGUGUUAUGGGAGGCAACACGUCCAGGCAUGUUAUCUGGACGUGACACUUUCCAUGGGCUCACUGGCCUCUCUGAUAAUUCUACCUAAACUAUACUUGGCAUUUUUGUAGUCAUUAUUAUUAAGACAAAGGCAGUUGUGCGGGUUCAUAACCUCAGUCCAUGUUUUAAUAGUUUUACUUACUCGUUGAGCUUGUUUUAAGAGUUGCCUGUAUACAGUGUAUACUGUAUAUAGUGGUAGAGAAACAGAGAGAUUUGUCUCACUGUCCAAAAUGGGAUUCGAGCACAGCUUUGUAGGUACCCAGAAUGUACGUGUAAUCUAGAGUGUUUUUCUCUCUUGUAGGAAAAUUCCCAAAUGUUCGAAUAGCGUCGUCUAUAAACUACAAUGGUUGUAACCUCCUUUAAUAAUGAAUACAGUGUGCAUUUUCUUAUGCUUUUAUAAUAAAUGCUGAUUAAACUAUUAUUAUGGCAGAAUGUAAACAGAAUUUUGUUUCAGUGUGACUACCCUGUUUAAAUAAUUGUUCAAUAGAAAUAAUAAUAAUAAAAAAUGCUAGUGCUAAAUCAUAACUAAUAGAGUUGUUAACAAACAUUUCACAGAAGAGAAUGAUUUUAUAAAUAAGUAAGCCUUACGUAGAAAAAAGUAUGCGUAAUAUGGUUUAUCAAAUGCCAAAUGCCAAAUAUUGAUUGUCGCUGAUAACAUUAUCUAUUUGUUUUGUUGUAGUUUAAUCCUGUGUAGUCAAUAACUGCUGAGAAACCAGAAUACAAAAAGAACCCAACUUUGUAUGAUAAGGUCCACUGUCUGGUCAGCAUUCUGUCUGCAGACUCUGUCUCAAGAAUGGAAGACGGCGUCUUUGUAAAAAUGGCCGAGGUUAGAGCGGCUGCUAGCGA